AUGGGCGACGACACAGCACCAGAGGCGAAAGUGUCCUUUUUCAAGAAAUCCACAACAAACAAAAACAUUCGUAAACGUAAAGCUCUGGACGAUGAAGACCAAGAUCAAUCCAAACAAAGGAAACCUUUACCCUUUAUCGACGAAGAUACAGUGAUAAUACAGAAAAAGGCAGCCAGUUCAGCCACCUUAUCUGGGUUGACAACGUCUACGGUGGUCAAGAGACAAGAUGUCACGGCAUCAAAUGUGUUUGAUACAAAGACAACAUUUGCUGCGUCGGGCACUGCUGCUUCUGUAGCUGAUUCGGGCGCUACGAGGACUAUUGAUAUUGAUGGUGCUGAUGAUGUGCUGACUGGCGAGGACGCAGAAUCACUAGACCCAUCCACAUACAAGGGCCUCUCAAAGUACACCGAAUAUGUAAACAAGCGAGUCUCCAAAACAACCCAAUCAAACGCUUCCUCCAUCCGCGCUGGCCCUCUCCGCGGCCCCACAAACGUCCGUAUAUCAUCUCGCUUCGACUACCAGCCCGACAUUUGUAAAGACUAUAAAGAAACGGGGUAUUGUGGGUAUGGGGACUCCUGUAAAUUCAUGCAUGACAGAGGAGACUACAAGUCUGGAUGGCAGCUUGAAGCAGAAUGGGAUACGAAGCAGAAGGCUGAGAAGGCUAGGAGAGAGAUGACGUUCAAUGAUGGGCCGGAUGUGGAGGUUGCUAUUGAGGAAGAUGAUGAGCUGCCCAUUGCGUGUUUUAUUUGUAGGAAGGAGUUUAGGGAUCCUAUUGUUACCAAAUGCAAACACUACUUUUGUGAAAAUUGUGCAUUCAAACAUCACAAGACAAGUCCAAAAUGCUUUAUAUGUGGUUCUGCUACUGGUGGUCUCUUUACGAUUGUCAAGGCCGACAUUCGGGCAAAGAUUGCUGCGCGAAGAUCUAAGAUGUUGGAACGAGAGGCUGAAGUUAAAGCAGCCAACAAGGAUAUGGAGGAAGAAAUGAAGGAAGAGGAUGAACAGGACGAAUGA